UCUCGUACACAAGGAGAACUGUGUCACCACGACACGAUGCUCCUCCCCUCGUCUCGCGGGGCCAACUCCUCCUCACUCAUUCCGCCACUUCCCCCCGGGACAAGAGCCCGUGCUGUGCGGGCGGAAGACAACAUGGCAGACAGCACCGUCCAAUCAGACGGGAGGAGCGGCGGGAUCGUGAUCAGCGAUGACUGGCCAGGCUACAGUCUGGACCUCUUCAGCUACCCGGCGCACUACUCCGGAGACCUGGACUGUGUCAUCGUUCCGCAUGGCGUGAUUAUGGACAGGACAGAACGCCUCGCACGCAACAUCAUGGAUGACCUGGGAGACCAUGACAUCGUGGUGCUGUGCGUGCUCAAGGGAGGCUACCAGUUCUGUGCUGACCUGGUGGACAGGAUCAAGGCUCUCAGCCGCAACUCCAAUCGCACAAUCCCCAUGAGGGUCCACUUCAUCCGGCUCAAGAGCUACCUGAAUGACCAGUCGACAGAGGAUCUUCACAUACUUGGAGAAGAGGACUUGUCUUUUUUAGCUGGAAAGAACGUUCUGAUUGUGGAGGCAAUUGUAGACACUGGAAAGACGAUGAAAACUCUCCUGGAGCAUGUUGAAGCCUUCAGGCCCAAAAUGAUCAAAGUAGCAGGAUUGCUUGUGAAGAGAGUGCCAUUCAACUCAGCAUGGGUUCCUGACUAUGUCGGCUUUGAGAUACCCAAUCGGUUUGUGGUUGGCUAUGCCUUAGACUACAAUGAGUAUUUUAGAGACCUCAAUCAUAUCUGCGUGAUCAGCGAAAGUGGGAAGAUAAAAUACAAGGUUUAAAGAGAGGACUGUAAAAGAGGCGACUGUUACACAGAUGUCAUCUCACAGCAAGCCUGAACAUUUUCCUUGGGAUGCCAUGCACUUACAGCUGCUUUUGUGACAUCUGAUCUUGAUCCCUUUUUUUUUUUUUAUGUAACAUUCCUUCUCUUUAACUUUUAUCGUUUUUAACACUGACACCUAUCUACUUCACUUUUUUAGGUUUACAACAAUGGUUUACACGGAAAAUGUUUAAUUCUAUUAUGUGCUAGUCUCAGUCUUACUCUUUUUUGGACGCAAUAUUACAAGUGUUGAUAAUCAUGGGAAGUAUGAAUUUGAAAAUUUCUUCACCUGUACAUUGGUUUUUUAUGUUUUUUUGGGGGUAUUUCUUUUUGAAUAUCAAAGAUGGGGGGGUCUCUGAACACUAAGUACAUUAACUACCUCUCAGUUGUUUCAUUAUUUUAGCUUUAACAUUCAAUAAAGUAUUUUUAACAAAUGUG